AGUUAAAAGUUACUUAACUCAGCCACAAUUUCUUACUUUAGGAACAAAUUUCCACUUCUGCUCCAGGAGAAGAAAACAAGAUUUUCCCAAUGGAUUCUCUAACAAAAUCAAUCAAUCAAUUUGCCCUGGAAUUUAACAAAAAGCUAGCUGAAUCUGCUGAGGGUAAAAAUAUUUUCUUUUCUCCUUGGGGCAUCUCAACCUCCUUAGCCAUGGUGUAUUUGGGCACCAGAUGUACCACUGCAUCCCAAAUAGCCCAGGUGCUUCAAUUUAACAGAGAUCAGGACAUCAAAUCUUAUCCUGAAGGUGAAAAGAAAAGGAAAACGGACUUCAGCUUGGGGAAGGUUGAAGAAAUACACUCCGAUUUCCAGACACUCAUCUCUGAAAUCAACAAUCCCAGUAAUGCCUAUAUACUUAAAACAGCCAAUGGGAUAUAUGCAGAAAAAACGUACCCAUUUCUCAAUAAAUAUUUAGAAGACAUGAAAGCAUACUUUGGUGCAGAGCCACAGCCUGUGAACUUUUUGGGAGCUUCUGACCAAAUCAGAAAGGAGAUCAACUCUUGGGUUGAAAGCCAGACUGAAGGAAAAAUCCUGAAUCUCCUACCUGAUGAUGCUGUAGAUUCUGCAACCAGAAUGGUCCUGGUGAAUGCCCUUUACUUUAAAGGAACCUGGGAACAUCAAUUCUUAGUCCAAGACACCACAGAAAAGCCUUUCAGAAUAAACAAGACUACAAGCAAACCAGUGCAAAUGAUGUUGAUGAAAAAAAAGCUUCCCGUUUUUCACAUAGAAAAGCCACAAGCAAUCGGCCUUCAACUCUACUAUGAGAGCCGUGCCCUCAGCCUGUUCAUACUGCUGCCAGAAGACAUCAAUGGGCUGGAUCAGCUGGAAAAGGCCGCCACCUAUGAAAAGUUGAGUGAGUGGACCAGCGCAGACAUGAUGGAGAUGUAUGAUGUGAAACUGCACCUUCCCAAGUUCAAGCUGGAAGAGUCUUAUGAUCUCAAGUUAGCCCUAAGCAGCAUGGGGAUGAGCGAUGCCUUUAGCCAGAGCAAGGCUGAUUUCUCAGGAAUGUCCCCAGAGAAAAACCUAUUUCUGUCCAAUGUUUUCCACAAGUCCUUUGUGGAAAUAAAUGAAGAAGGUACCGAGGCUGCAGCUGGUAGUGGGAGUGAGGUGGGUUUUCGAAUUAAACUCCCAUCCAUUGAAUUCACUGCAGACCACCCAUUCCUCUUCUUCAUCAGGCACAACAAAACCAAUAGCAUUCUCUUUUACGGUAGAUUCUGCUCCGUCAUCGCCGGAAGCAAAUCUGAGCGAACGGGAAGCAUCUUCCAAGUUGGACUAGUAGCUGCAGAAGCAGGAGCAGCAGCCGCAGCACGAACUUCCCAGACUCAUUGGGCAAGAUCCAUUUUGGUAUCAUCCAUCAACAGACCUUCCCUCGGUAUCAACACACCUUCCCUGAUGGAUGACUUUGGGGAAGCAAAUGGCACUUUUGCCAUCAACUUAUUAAAAAUGUUGGGUGAAGAAGACAACUCACAGAAUGUGUUCUUAUCUCCCCUGAGCAUCUCCUCUGCCCUGGCCAUGGUCUUCAUGGGGGCCAAAGGAGACACUGCAACCCAGAUGUCUCAGGCACUUUGUCUGAACAAGGCUGGUGAUGUCCACCAAGGUUUCCAGGCACUUCUCUCGGACGUUAACAGAUCUGAUACCCAGUACUUGCUCAGAACUGCCAACAGACUCUUUGGAGAAAAGACUUGCGAUUUCCUUCCGGCCUUUAAGGAAUCCUGCCAGAAGUUCUAUCAGGCCGAGCUGGAGGAGCUGUCCUUUGCCAAAGACACCGAAGAAUGCAGGAAGCACAUCAACGACUGGGUGGCAGAAAAGACUGAAGGUAAGAUUUCGGAGAUUUUGGGUGUUGGCACCGUUGAUCCACUGACCAAACUGGUUCUGGUGAAUGCGAUCUACUUCAAAGGCAGGUGGAAGGAGCAGUUCGACAGAAAGCACACCAGGGGGAUGCCCUUCAAAGUCAACCAGGAAAAAAAGACAGUGCAGAUGAUGUUUAAGCAUGAUAAAUUUAAAAUGGGCUGUGUGGAGGAGGUGCAAAGCCAGGUCCUGGAGCUGCCCUAUGCGGGGGAGGAGCUGAGCAUGGUCAUUCUGCUGCCUGAUGAAGACAUUGAUCUUGCAGUGGUGGAAAAGGCACUUACAUAUGAGAAGUUCAGAGCUUGGACAGAUCCAGAAAACAUGAGUGAGAUUAAAGUUCAAGUUUUCCUUCCCCGGUUAAAACUGGAGGAGAGCUAUGACUUGGAGUCUUUUCUUCGAAGUUUAGGAAUGACUGAUGCUUUUGAGGAAACCAAGGCAGACUUUUCUGGAAUGUCAACUAAGAAGAAUGUGCCCGUGUCCAAGGUUGCACACAAGUGCUUUGUAGAGGUCAAUGAGGAAGGCACAGAGGCGGCUGCAGCCACUGCCGUCGUCAGGAAUUCCCGGUGCAGCAGAAUAGAGCCAAGAUUCUGUGCAGACCACCCGUUCCUUUUCUUCAUCAGGCACCACAAAACCAACAGCAUCUUGUUCUGCGGCAGGUUCUCUUCUCCAUAAAGAGAUGCCAUUGCUUACAGGUGCUCCUUUCCCUUCUGCCAACCUUGCCUUGAUUCAGAUUCUGUAGGACCAAAUUGGUGCAUGUGGUGCAUGAAUGCCAAAAUAAAGUGUUUGCACCUAG